AUGUUCUUUCCGCCGCUCUCAGUAAUGCUGAUCGCCGGUCCCAACACAGACUGCCUAAUCAACACGCUACUCUUCAUCGCCGGCGUGAUCCCCGGGCACAUACACGGCUUCUACAUCUCGUGCACGUACUUCCACCGCAAGCGCAAAGUGCGCAAGGGGCGGUGGCCCGGGGGCCGGAAAGCGGGCAUCUAUAGCCGUGCGGUGUGGAAUGGCGGGGCGAGCGAUGCGCGGGUGAGGGAGUUGUAUGAGAGGGGGAGGAGGAGGGAUGAGGAGAGCGGGAGGAGGAGUAGGAAGACAAAGGGGGAGGAGGGUGUGGGUUGGAAAUGA